GCGCAGCGGCCCAAGAUGGACGCGCCGGCGGUGCUCGCUGCUGCGGCCCCGGCCCCACGCGGACCCCAGCUCGACGGCGGCCCCGGCCGGACCCGCAGAACCCCGGGCUCCGCGCACCGCCGGCUGCUACUGCUGCGGGACCCCGAGGACGGCGCGCAGGAGCCGCGGCGCGGGGAGGCCCGGCCGGCGGGCCCCGGCGGCGGCGACUCCUUCGUGGUGCUGCUGGAAGUGGCGCGCGGCGCGGCCGAAGCCCCGGGGCGGCGGGAGACCGAGCCCGAGCCCGGCGGCGCCGCGAGGCCGGCCGGCCGCCCUGCGCAGGUCCCCGGUGCCGCGCCCCUCGUGGGCCCCCGGGCCGCCGGCGGCCAGGACCUGCUGGUGCACCUGGAGCGCGGCGUCCUCACGCUGGCCGCUCGGUCCCGGCGUCCGCCGCCCGGCCAGGAGGCCGCCAACCCUGCAGGGGCCCGCCGCGCGUCCGCCGGUCCCGGGUACCGCUGCCCCGAGCCGCAGUGCGCGCUCGCCUUCGCCAAGAAGCACCAGCUCCAGGUGCACCUGCUGACGCACGGCGGCGGCCAGGGCAGGCGGCCCUUCAAGUGCCCGCUGGACGGCUGCGGCUGGGCCUUCACCACGUCGUACAAGCUCAAGCGACACUUGCAGUCGCACGACAAGCUGCGGCCUUUCGGCUGCCCGGUGGGCGGCUGCGGCAAGAAGUUCACCACCGUGUACAACCUCAGGGCGCACAUGAAGGGCCACGAGCAGGAGAGCCUGUUCAAGUGCGAGGUGUGCGCCGAACGCUUCCCCACGCACGCCAAGCUCAGCUCGCACCAGCGCAGCCACUUCGAGCCGGAGCGGCCCUACAAGUGCGACUUUCCCGGCUGCGAGAAGACGUUCAUCACAGUGAGUGCCCUGUUCUCCCAUAACCGGGCCCACUUCAGGGAACAAGAACUCUUUUCUUGCUCCUUUCCUGGAUGCAGCAAACAGUAUGACAAGGCCUGUCGUCUGAAAAUCCACCUGAGAAGCCAUACAGGCGAAAGACCUUUUAUCUGUGAUUCUGACAGUUGUGGCUGGACCUUCACCAGCAUGUCUAAACUCCUAAGGCACAGAAGGAAGCACGAUGAGGACCGCCGCUUCCACUGCCCCGUCGAGGGCUGCGGGAAGUCGUUCACCAGGGCCGAGCACCUCAAGGGCCACAGCGUCACCCACCUGGGCACCAAGCCCUUCGCGUGUCCCGUGGAAGGGUGCUGUGCCAGGUUCUCCGCGCGGAGCAGCCUCUACAUUCACUCCAAGAAGCACCUGCAGGACGUGGCCGCUCCGAAAACCAGGUGCCCGGUGUCCAGCUGCCACAGGCUCUUUGCUUCCAAGCACAGCGUGAAGGCGCACGUGAUCAGACAGCACCACCGGCUCCCAGACCUCUUCCCUCCGCGGGGAGCUCCAAGUGCGCUCGCGCCCAGCAGUGACCUCAGCAGCCCCAGCCAGAGUGCGUUCAGCAGCGUGGACCUGGCGGUCCUCUUCUCCGACACGCCUGGCGACAGCGGUGGUGCCCCCAGGACCUCUGACGAGGCGCUGCGCACUGGAAUCCUGACUGUCGACGUGACUUCUGUGAGCGCCUCUCUCGGGGGGGGCCUCCCUGCCAGUCAGGCUGCCUCAGGGCCCAGGGGCCCCCUAGUCUUGGUGGCCCACAAUGACGUCCCACUGGGCCCAGACAGGCCCGUCGUUCUUGGGACGGCAGCCACGGUUCUCCAGCAGGGCGGCCUCGCUGCAGGUGAUGUGCAGGCCGUGGACGCAGGGGCGCUGGGCUGUCUGGUGGCUCUGCCCGUGAAGAGCUUGAGUCGGGACCCCCAGGCUUUGACCUCUGCGAGCGGCCCCCAGGGAGACAGCGGUGCCCCGGAGCUGCUGGUUCCCAUCAAAGUGGAACCGGACUCGGCCCCCGACCCCGACGCCGUCAGACCGCAGGCGUGGAGCGGAGGGGCGCCGCGGCCUGUGGAGUCCAGCCCUGCAGAGGAGCUCGGAGCUCGGAAAGACGCGGGACUCGGUGCGGGGACCGGCGGCUUCUACGUGCUGUGUGACGUGGGCCAGCCUGGCAUCUGUGAGCCCAGAAGGCGCGUGGUGAAGGGGCCGCAGGAAGGCGGGGGCUCAGCAAGAACUGAUUCCCGAGCCAUUCAACUAGCCAAGGAAAAAAAGCAGAGAGGAGCUGGGAGCCACACAGGAGCCGUGGGGCCCGCACUGAGCACGGGGGAAGGUGACGUCCAUGCUGGCCCGGGAGCCUGGCUGUGGGGCAGCCUCGCAGUGCCUGGCAUGGCUCUGCCGUGCGUCCAGCUCCAGCUGCUGCAGGAUGACCCCUCAGGGCACGUGGUCUUCCCGUUGGAGCCCAGCCCGCAGCCUCCCGUCUCCCAAUCCCUGCUUGCUGCCGUGCCCGUCUACGUCCUCCAGGAGGUGCUCCCUGCAGCUGGAGGGGCCGCUGGGCCCGGGGACAUGUGGAGCUCGGGCAGCACGGUCGGCCUGUGGGCCCUGCAGUGAAACCAGCUCUGCCUGGGCCGAGGGCGCCACUUGGAAGGCUGGCCUCGUUCUUCAGAGACUUUGGGUACAUUUUCGCAAGUGUUUUUCUUACGUUUUAUCAGGGACCCGUUUGGGGCCGUACCAUCCUCUCAGGGCAGAGCGUGCCUUUUCUCGCUCGGCUGUGCACGCAGCCUGCAUCUGCCUGAGCUUGCUGUGUUUAGAAACGGCCGCCUAGGGAAGAGGACGGAGCCUCCGCGGUGGCCCGACGGGGCUUCAGCACUGGGCGCAGCGUCUGGCUGAGAGCGAAUAGGCUGUCCCCACCCUCGGUGGGGGUCGCGGUUGAGCUGGGGUGGCACCGGGUCUAGUGGCCCAGGUGGCCUGGUGUCAGGGGAACGUGAUGGGUGACGAGGCCCCCAGGCCCUGUCACAGCCCCUGCACAGACCAGAGAGUUAAACCUUUUAAAGUGAUUUUUCCGAGUUCUGUAUUUGGGUAGUAACACCUAAUGGCAAUUGGACAGCGGUUUGUACAACCACAUUCUGAGCACUGAGGUACGUGCAUGGCGUGCAGCUUGUUGAGGCUGAAGGGGUGCACGUGUCCCCGUGUGUUUUCACGGAGUGAGGUCUGUCCUGCAAAAGGAGACAAGUCAGUGAACUUGCACAUAUUUAUUGGUCAUCAGUGGACCGGACACGGGCUCUCAGAAAUGGUUUUAUGCCUUGUGCCUUUCGAAGUGUUUUUGUUUAGAUGCUGUUUUGAUUCUCAGGCUGGGGAAUCAUCCCAACUGUGCCCAUUCUGUUUGUCUCUUUUGAGUUUUUUGGGUGUUGGGAAUGAUUUCUGAUUUCUACCGUGACUCCUCUGUGUCCUGCAUGGGGGAGAGGGGGUGUCUCCAUCUCUAGAUGGUGCUCCCCGAAGCCCCGGGUCAUCCAGAGGCCCCUCCCUGAGGAGCCAGGCCUGGCGGCCUCCUGUCCUGCCACUGAGGUCCCUGCUGGCAUUGGGCCCAACUCCUCAUGCGAGUGAAUUAAAAGGUUUUGUACAGCUGCACAUGGAAAGGUGACAUUUUUCCUUUGAUCCGUAGCAAUAACCCACUGGUCCAGCUUGCUGAGUCCCCUUCCCGUCUUUCUUUGUAUUGGGGCUGAUCCCACACUCACCUCGGGGUGGAACUGGGGUUCCAGUUUUACUUUCACACUCCUCUGAUGGUUAAAAUCUAAGCAGAGAUUUGUUCUAAUGAAAGAAAAAGCAAGCAGUGACAGGAAUGCUGGGAGCAGAAGAGGGGGUGAGCACGGCUCUGUCCCGGGAAGGGCUGAGCGACGACAGCCCUGAGGCCAGGCUCAGCGUCCCGAGCUCGGGGACAGAGGGUGUCCUUCGUGCUGCACUACAGCCAGGCUGCGUGGGCUCCAGACAGUGCCCUCCGCAAAGUGCACAGGCGCCUCUUGGUUCAGCGUCUUCAGGCCGCAGUGCCCUGCCCUCCACACAGGCACGCACGCUCGCCAGCAAGCGCUCCUGACCUCAGGCUCCAUCCUGGGCUCAGGCGGCAGCAGCUCCGGAGUCUGUGUGCGUCCUCGGCCGACAGGCAGGUGCCAGGGUCAGCCACCCUGGGGGGUCCGGCUGGGGAGAAGCCACACCCUGUUCCCAUGGGCGUGAGGGAAGGUUCUCCUGAGUGGCAGGGACGCCUGGGCUCCUUAGGAAGGUCCAGAUGCUGGUUCUGAGGUGCCAUGCAGCGCCGUUUCACUCCUCAGUAGCCAGUGGGCGAGGAAGCAGAGUGCCAGGAGGCCGGUCCCGAGGAGGUCCCCCAGCCCCGUGAGGUAAGGGAUGCAGUGGUCAUCCGGGUCCAGGGCCUGGUUCCAUGUCAGCCGAACCGUCGCUUCCGCCAGGUACAGCAGGAUCGUCACCUGCCAGGAGGUGAGCAGCAUAAGCUGAUGGCACCAAGAAACCAGCAGAUCUCGAGAGCGGACACCACGGUGGACAUGUCCACCCCAGGCCCUCCCUGGGCUCCUCUCGGGUGUGACGCGCAGCUCGGAGGCCGCGCACCGCCCAGCUCCACCCACCGCCUCGGAGACUCGGACCAGGGUCUGGCUGGAAGUGCAGCUCGGACUUCCCGGAGGCCCGCCUGGGGCAGCUCCGGACAGCUGGCCCUUCGUGGAGGCACCUCAAGCCCUGGUCAGGUCCCAGGGCCCCGCAGCCACGUCCCUGCCACUGCUCUGGACAGUUUCCCAGGCUCCACAGCCUGUCCUUCAGGGUCACGGACACGCUGACGCUGCCCUCGUGGGUGUGCCCACCGGAGCCCACCUUACCCUGCAGAGGCCCCAGCCCUCCCAGCUCGAGUCUCGGAAAACGGCCUGACUGAAGUCCACACGUGCCUGUAGCAGUGCGUCUUGAUCACGCCCUUGGGCUUGGGUGGACUGACUGGACUUCCGGAAGGUGGGGACUGUGUCCUGCGUGUCCAGGGACCUCUCCCAGUCUGGGACCCAGGGGCCAUCUGGGACCCAGGGGCCAUCGUUACCUGGACCAGGCCCGCCAGCAGGUAGAGCCCCACGAAGAUUUUGUCGUUUGGGACUGACUGGCCUUCCACGAGGUAGAUGAUGGAGAAGAAGAUGAGGUGGCCUGGAACCACCAGGAAGAGCAGGACGCGGGCCGACGUGGAGUGGAUUUCUGGAAGAAACAGCAGGGGAGGCAGCGUGAGCUGCUGGCAGUGAGGCGCCCGUGGCCCGUCUUCCCGCUGCCUCUGCUUACGGAGCAGCUGCGUGUGCAGCGUGUCUAGCGACGGGGAUGAGGCCUGUCGUGCCCUCGGGAGCUGACCUCGUAGGUAGGGAAGAGAGAAAAACCAGCACCAAGUAGCAGAAACAAACAAGUCAUUUCAAACCUGACGGGUACUAGGCAGAAGGUUGACCGGGCUGAUGUGGGAGUGGGACGCCAAGGCCCCCGGCAGAGGAAGGAGGAGGCGCAGGGCUUCGGGGGCCGAAGGCACCGGCGUGGGCAGCCCCUCCCUCGCGCGGGGCCUGGGGACGCCCGUCAGCACACUCUCCUCAGCGUCCGUGCUCAUGGGUUUGAGACGCUGCGCGAAAUGGGAUUUCACCGUUUAACAACCGCCGUGAAACCACCCGCGGGGACGCGACGGCUUCUCAGGCAGAAAUGGGAACUGCAGUGAGAAGCACGUCUCCGUUUCCUUCCGAGUGUUAACCAUGAAGCGUUUCAUCAGCUAAAGAAAGGAAGGAGGACAAAUCAACGUACCUACAACGUCUACCGUGAAAGGACCUGUGGAGAGAGGCUGAGGACGCACAGGAAAGGCAAAAGCAAAAUAAUCACUAUCGGCAGCUGGCGUUAAAACUCAAGAAAAUCUACAGAAAAACUAAACAGCGAGAAUUCAGUAAAAUAUGUGCUGCUACAGACUGAAUGUUUGUUUCCUCCCCAAAUCCGUAAGUAAGUUGUGACCUGACCCGCAGUGAUGGCGUUAGGCGGUGGUCAGGUCACUAGGGUGGAGCCCCCCCGAGGAGCCCCCUCGCCCCCCUCUUCCGUGUCUGUGGACCAGGAGGCCGGCCUCACCAGGCACCCAAUGUGCUGGUGCCCUGACCUUGGAUGUCUAGCCUCCAGAGCUGUGAGAAACGUGUGUUUAGAAGCCCCCGGUCUGUGAUUCUAAGACAGGUGCACGCUGAAAUACAUGCAGUACAGGGUAAAGAGCCUUUCUAUGUACAGAUGACAAGUCAGAAAAUAUACGGGGCCUCCCCCCUUUAGACAAGGUGAGGCAGACACACUUCCUGUCCAACAGCCCUGGACGUCAUAUGAAACGAACAGAAGAUUCUGGAAGGGAUGAGGCGGGCUGGCCAGCGCUCCGCAGCCCAGGGAGCAGCACGAGGCGAGGUCCCUGAGCUGCUGCCUUGCAUCCCAGAUCAGAUGCUGGGGAGUCAGAAACCGAACUGUCAGUGGCCACAGAAGGCAUGAGCCCCCCCGCAGUCCUGGCCCCGGAGGUGAGAGGCUGGAGGUUGGGGGCGUAGCCAGGCCCCCUCCCUCCCGGCCAGGCGGGAGCAGAGGAAUAGGACUUGAAAAGUAACAACACGACACCACGUUGGGUACCCGGUUCUCAGAACAGACUCUCUGGUCCUUCCUCAAGCUUCGGGCCCUGCAGGACCAGCGCCUGCCCCUCGGUGCCUCUCCCCAGCCCCCAGCCCUGGCUUGUCCUCAGAGGGGAUUCCUCCCGCCAGCCUUUUCGCGGCCCUUCCGAGCACAGCACGAUUUGGAAUCCCAUGUGCGUCUGCUCUGCUGGAGCGUGUCUGUCCCCAGGGGUAUGAUCGGCUCCUCCAUCUCACACUGUAACCUGGAGAUGGUCGGUGUGCCUCUGGCUGAGCGAAUGGACCGGUGACGGCCACGUUGGCGCGUCAGGGCUGGUCUGAGGGGUCUACUGCCACAGACACCAGAUUCUUAAAGAAACGGCCACGUGGCCUCUGGAAGACCCCAGACCCACCUGAGCUGCAGAACGUGGAGCGGGGGUUAGGCCAGCGUUUUUUCAUCCAGAGGGGCAGGACCCCAGGCGUGCUCCACAGGUGCAAGUACGUGGAGAUCCGGCUGGUCUGAAUGGCCACCAGGUUGCCCCCAACACCUGCAGAGAGAGAGAGAAUCUGGUUUCUCCUUCUUUAUGCCAGUCUCUGAGUUCUAUCCCUUAUCUUAAGUCCAGCUCCUCCAGAAAGCCUUCCUUGACUGGCUCAGACCCUGAUUUCUUUUCUUUCCCUCCUACCUGCCCACAGAUCUUAUGUCUGGCACCAAACAAGGGUGGCCUCGGCCUCGUGAAUGUGAGGUAUCGAGGUAGUAGCUGCAUCACCUUGACAGCUGGCGGCCUUAAGGAGAAGGAGGUGUGAUGGGGGAGGGAAGUGGGCGGAAAGAAACAGACCGAACAGUGGAAUGUCUGAGAAAACGAAAGGAACUUUUCACCUCAAGGCAGGAAGGAGAGGAAAGAGGGCCGAGAGUGGGGGGGGGGGGGCGGCUCUUGGCGUCCUGAGGAGCUGACCGUGGCCAGCUCUGCUGGGGCCACAGGCCCCAGUGACAAAGGCCCCUCGGAGCCCCUGCAGGCGGAGAGCGGGGCCUGCCCCCCGCGACUGUCCCCUUCAGAGGGCGGUUGGGUUGCCCACUGCCUCAUCCCCAUGGAGGACGACCCCUAACUGGGCCAGAUGUGCCCCGGCUGCUCCAGAGGAUGCAAAGAAUGGCCAUGGGCAGAGGAUGGCUGCAGAUCUAGUUUGCUUGGCCCACGAUGAUUUAUAAAACCACCACGCGGGUCGCCCAGGAGCCCGCCCCGCACUGCUCCCCACCGCCCACCUCGCCUCCGGGCAGACGUCAUUGGUGGUGCUCACUCGGCCCCUACAGACACCGAGCAGAGGACCCAGGGGACUCUCUAGGUCUGUGGCCCCUGGGCCAGCUGCUGCUGUCUUCCUUGUCAGUGGCCGGCCUGGCGCUGGGAGAGGCCCUGUGGACUCGGCUGGGUGCAGGCCUGGCAUGCACAGGACACUGCGCAGAUGGCCUGGGCAGUGGGUUGUCAAACUCGUUCCUCUCCGACCAGCCAGCCCCACUUACAGAGCCUUACCAGAAACUGGACACAAGCCGCGCUUGGGCUAGGUGCCCACAGAGUUAAGCCCGGAAGGUGCACCAGUGGAGGGUCCAGAGGAGAC